UUAAGUCAUCGAGUCAAUCGUAGUUUUUCAGUUGUCGGCGUCGGACGUGUUUUUCUUGGUAUACGAAAUCUAUUAAUAAAUCAUCACGACCGCCAAUAAAAAGCAAAUUGUGCAAAAGCACAUUAAAUAGAAACAAAUUCUUGAACUAAACGACUUGAAUGUGUGAAAACAAAACUCUUUAAGCAAGCCAUGAGCGGAGAAGUUUAUCAGAUAGAGACGCGCCGGCGAUCGCGGUCAAAGACGCCAUUCCUGCGCUCCAACUGCGACCAUGACAAUUGCGAGCAUGCCGGCGAGGAGGGUCAUGUGCAUCACAAGAAGAAGAAAGAAUCUGUGGCGCCAAAUGUGCAAACCAUCGUGGAGGAGCACGUGGUGGAAACCCGUACAACCACCACCAGUAGCAGCAGCACCACCACUAAAGCCGGCAAGAGUAAAACCACUGGCUCAAAGGUCCUAACUCAGCUAACCUCGGACUACUCGAGCGACGAUGCAACGCCAGAGUCGAAGGCUUCCACGGUGACCACUAUGUUCACCAAUACCAGCAGGCGUUUGGGUAAUGCCCUCAGCAGCUUGACCGCUGUCACGUCAACGCCGCGCAGCCAGUUGGAGUCUACACAAAACGUGUUGAAUACCACACAAGAGCUUCACCAGCAACAGCAACAGCGCAGCAAUCGCGCAAGUUCCAAUGGCAAUGCCAAGGCUGAUUUAAGCGAUGAUCACUUGGCUUAUAUAGAGUACAGGGAUGCGGGCGAGUACUGGAAUAAAACUCCGAAAACGGAUUACACCUACUCGGAACUGUCGCCGCACCGCCGACAACUGGCACCAGGUAUUGUAGCCAUGCCGAAUAUGUCGCGUCGCAGCCUGGAAAAUCAUGAUGAGCGCGUCAAUUAUAUGGUUAAUCGGAAUCCAACGCAGGAGGAGUUCAUACGCCGGCGCUAUCAAGCGAACUAUACGCAUUUGAAUUACGAUUCCGGCGAUGAGAUUGACAACACACAGUUUGGCCAGCAGCAGCAGACUCAAAGCUGGUGGCUCGUGCGUCUCAUCACCACCAUUGUGCGCAGCGUUAGCAACGUGUGGACUAGCAUUACGAGCAUUUCGGAAACGGAAACGAGCGCCUAUCAGAACUACUAUGCCAAGCAGCAGCGUCAGAAGCAGCAUGGCCUUAUCGCUGGCAGCCUGUUGAGCGCAAUGCGUUAUAUCUACAUAGGCAUCGCCUCGGUGCUCAGCCUGGACACUUGGCUGCUCAGGUCCAGCAAUACGGAGAACAAGUCGAAGAAACGUUUUCUACUCUUUUUGCUCAUGCUGUUGCCGCUACUGCUGCUAACGGGUUGGCUGCUGUUGCCCGAGGAGCAGCGCUUGGAGCAUCUGCGUCGCACAGAGACUUUGCUGCCUUUGCCCUUGACAAUCUAUGCCUCGGUGCGCGGUCGACUGUCGCAGGCUGGGGCUGCUUUAAAGACGCUGUGGCUGCCGCAGGCGCAACAGGAGGCAGCUGUCAUUAAGCUCAACAUGGAGCAAGUGCAGCAGAAUAUGCAAAAGACGCUUACCCCGGAGGAAUAUGAGAAUAUACUGAAUCAUGUCAACAGCUAUGUGCAGCAGUUGGUGGAGCUGAAGCUGCAGCAGCAAGCCCAAGAGCACCAGCAGCAAUUGUCGCCGCAGCAGAUAAAAAUCAUUGUCCAACUCAUGCGCGAGAAUCUGCAACAGUUUGUAGAUCAGCAGGCGCAGCUCAGUGAGCAGCAGCUGGCCGAUUUGGUGCUGCGCCUGAAGCUGGAACUGCAGCAAUCUGGCGAGUGGCAGGCAGGACAGGCAAAGCUGACGUCCGCGCAGCUGGAGGAGAUUACGCGCUUGGUCAAGGCCGAGUUUAAGCUGGAGGAAACGCACUACACGCUGCUGCUGGAGCGUAUCGAUCUGAGUUCGCUGCUCGAGCGGCUGCUAAGCGCGCCAGAGCUAACGGAAUUUGUAGACGCACGCGUAAGCCUCGGACUGCAACAAGCAAAGGAGGAGGGCUCCGGCCAGCAGAUUGCGGAUCAGCAAAUUGAGAAACUAAACAAGGAAAUAGCAUUCAUCAAACUGGCGCUGUCAGAUAAGCAAAUUGAGAACGCCGACCUGCAACAGUCCAUAAGCAGCCUGAAGCUGACGCAGGACGAUUUGCUGGCUCGCAUGCAGCAGCACGAGCUGGCACAGGAUCAGCGUUUCAGUGGCCUACUCGCGGAAAUCGAGGGCAAGCUGGCGGCAUUGAAUGAAUCCCAGUUUGCGCUGCUCAACAAGCAGGUGAAGCUGACGUUGGUCGAGAUACUGGGCUUCAAGCAGACAGCGGGCGGAAAGCUAAAUGACUUGGAUCUGCAGAACUGGGUGCGCAGCAUGUUCGUGGCCAAGGACUAUCUGGAGCAGCAGUUGCUGGAGUUGAAUGAGAAGACCAACAACAAUAUACGCGCGGAAAUUGAACGCUCCAGCCUUGUGCUGAUGAGCGACAUUAGCGAGCGGCUCAAGCGUGAGAUACUGCUCGCUGUGGAGGCCAAGCACAAUGCUAGCAGCCAGGCGCUGCAGGCGCACAUGCACGAGGACGAUGUGCGCAGUAUAGUCAAGGCUGUGCUCGCCAUUUACGAUGCGGAUAAGACGGGCCUUGUUGACUUUGCUUUGGAGUCGGCGGGCGGGCAAAUACUCUCCACGCGCUGCACGGAAAGCUAUCAAACCAAAUCGGCACAGAUCUCUGUGUUUGGCAUACCCCUCUGGUAUCCCAGCAAUACGCCAAGAGUGGCCAUAUCGCCCAAUGUGCAGCCUGGCGAGUGCUGGGCCUUUCAAGGCUUUCCCGGAUUUCUGGUGCUGAAGCUGAACUCCUUGGUUCAUGUCACAGGCUUUACGCUGGAGCACAUAUCCAAGAGCUUAUCGCCUACGGGACGCAUUGAUUCAGCGCCACGCAACUUUACCGUUUGGGGACUGGAGCACGAGAAGGAUCAGGAUCCGGUGCUUUUCGGUGAGUAUGAAUAUCAGGAUAACAGUGCCUCACUGCAGUUCUUUGCCGUACAAAAUGUGGACAUCAAGCGUCCCUUUGAGAUUGUUGAGCUGCGCAUCGAGACGAAUCAUGGCCAACCGGAUUAUACGUGUCUUUACCGCUUUCGUGUGCACGGCAAGCCGCUAGCCACAUAGAUCCCUAGCCUUAAGUUCCAAUUCAGUCAGGUGUACAUAAUGUCAGUGCCUUAAAAAGGAAACUUUACAAUACUUACAACAAGAAGCAGAAGAAGCAGAACAAGAACUACUUACAACUUAAGCUUAAGAAUACGUUAAUUAAAAACAAAACGUAAGGCUAUAGUAUAUAAGUGUUUUUGUAUGAUAUUUAAGUCGGGGUAGAGUGUUAAUCAUAA